UGCUUAUUCAUUCCAUCGAUAUGACAAGUGCAUUUAUUCCGUUGUGUCCAUUCAACACUGGAGUCUCUUUUCGUUUUCUUUCGGAUACAGCCAGUUUUUCUUUUCACAGUCCAUCGUUGAGAAAGAAUCAUACUAAUUUACAUCGAGUAUAUUGGAAACUAUGUAUCAGAUCGAAUAGUGAAACUCCUGAAUGGAAACAAGUGCUCGGCAACUUUUCCACUUCCCGAGGUACUGAAAAGGAUUCAACUGGAAGGUUGGAAAUGGAUGGAGGUAAUAUUAGUGGUGGAGGAAUAGGUAAAGCUGGAAAUGGUAAAAGUGAUGGGGAUUAUUCCGAUGCCUCUCAACCUGGAAGACCUGAUGGCACAUUACUUGCACUUAUGACCAAACAUGGAUUAUCUUGGGAAUCUAUCUCAACAGAAGUUCGCCAAGCUUUUGAGCAAGGUCGAAUAGGAGAAGAUGUUGUUCGGAACUAUAUUUUAGCAAGAGCAAAUCCUGUCAGUCGUUUGUUGAUGAGUCUUAGCCAGGGCUUGAGGAAUAGAUUUCUAGCGGAUGAAAGGUUUCUGUUGAAAAUUCUUAUUGAAGAGUCUUUAGGCUUAUGUGGAAAGUUAUCUGCAGAAUGGGAACGUCGACGCGAUAGAUUUUGGAAAGAGAUUGACUUUGUUUUUGCCAAUGUCAUUAUGGCAUUUUUAGCUGAUUUUGCUUUGGUUUAUUUCCCAGCUCCUGCUAUAUCCCUUAGUGGUUCUCAUAUUUCUCAUUCUUCAUGGAUAGCCAACUUUGCAAAGGAUCUACCUGGAAGUGUAUUUCAAGUGGGUCACAGAUAUACACUUGGUCAGCGAAUGAUAUCGUAUUUUUACAAAGUCGGACAACUUUCGAUGACAGGGUUUUGUUGUUCAUUUAUUGGAGUGGCUUUGACCAACAGUAUAAUUAUGAUUCGCAAGGCACUUGACCCUUCUUUUACUCCAGAAAAUCAAAUGUCUAAUGUGUUGACAACUUCAGCAGCCUAUGGAUUGUUUCUUGGAGUUUCUGCGGGUACUCGCUAUCAACUCGUGAAUGGCAUUGAACAACAUAUUUUUCCUCGAAUCUUUUCGUCUACUCCGAAAGCUGAAAGUAUAGCUACCUUUUUAUUACGAUGGGGUAAUACUUUUUGGGGUUCACAACAGUGGGUUAUGUUUGCCAAGUUUACAGGAGUUCAGAAAAGUUCCAAUCAGGUGAAACAAAUGAUCAAGUAAAUGUGUGUUUCAUGUGUUGCUUUAUAAUAAUAACGAUACAUUCCAUUGUUUCGAAUAAAAAUUGGAUUUCGUUAUGCUAAGAUAUUGUUAUGAAUUAUUCUAUGGGUUAUAUUUUUGUAGACAAUAAACAAUGCCGAAUGAAA